CUCCGACGUACUGCGCCCCCACCAAAGCAACCUCUCCUCCAAUUCACCAAACCUUCCCCACGACUCUCAUCCCCUCAAGGCAACCGCCGGUCGGAUCCUUAACAAUUAUUUGCCUUCCGCCUCAAGACCUCCCAUUUCCGCUGGAAUCCCUCACUCAACUUCACCCAAGGGCCCUCCGUACUAUCCACCCGCCCGUGCCCUAUCUGUCGGUGUGUUGGGACCACACGUUCGAACCGCUACGCUCCGCCCUGUCUGCCAUGCGCCCUCGACAACUUCAGUCCUGCCCGCGCCGUCACCUAUAACUCCCUUUCGCUGUCCAACUUGGGCUUGCAUUGAUUCGCCAUGCCCUCAAUCCUUAGCGAUGCCGACAAGGAAAUUGUCAAGCGACAGGUGCCUAAGCCUGCCAACAAGAUCCUGGCCGUAGCUGUCGCACGACUCUACGUUGCUUACCCUGACCCCCAAAGAUGGACAUACACCGGUGUACAGGGUGCGGUAGUGCUCUGCAAUGAUUUAGUCGGACGCACCUUUUGGUUGAAAGUGGUCGAUGUCUCGCCCGCUGGAAAGGGUGUUAUUUGGGACCAGGAAAUCUACGAUAACUUCUCUUACAACCAAGACCGCACUUUCUUCCAUACUUUCGAGCUCGAGGACUGCCCAGCGGGGCUUUCGUUCGCCGACGAGAAAGAAGCCAAGACGUUCAUCAAGAAGGUGCAGGAGCGUGAGAAGCAUGCGAGCAAGGACACCACCAAGACUCCCUUCGCAUCCUCUCGAGGCCAAGGACCUGCACCGGUCACCAAUGGUAAAGGCCCUGGGCGGUCUCUCUUUGGUAGUCUGUUGCAUCGUUCGAGCCAUGCCCCGAGUGCCGCUCUGCAUCCAGCUCCUGUGCCGUCAACACCUGUUGGACCACCUCCCGUCUUGGCUCCGAGCGCACCGCCAGCCAAGGGAGAUCUGCCAUUCGAUAUCAAUGACCCAAAACAAAAGGGACUCUUGGACGAGCUCUUACAGAUGGGCAUUACCGAAGAUCAGAUUGCUGAAAAUUCCGACUUCAUCAAGUCCUGGAUUGCUCAAAAACAGACCGCAGCUGGCGAGUCUCCUGCAGCUGAUGAAUCGAACAAGCCCCGGACGCCGCCACCACCACCUCCUGGCGUGCCAGCUCCCAAGGUAACUACAAUCAGUCCUCAGGGUACAGGAACUAGCUCGGCAAGCCGACGAGGGCCACCGCCGCCGCCACCAACUCGGAAAGGUCGGGCUGAGGCUGCAGAUGAGGCUGUUCCUACCCCGCCUCGUGAACCAUCUCCACCGCCAGCACCAACCCGGAUGUUCCGAGCACCACCUCCAAUCGCUGACGCUGGCAAGUAUGCUGAGCCUGCUGGACCCGCACCACCGCGGCGGCCACGGGCGAUAUCAAACGCUACGCCGGGUCCACCGCCGCCCCCACGGCCUCCGAAGACGCCAAUGGAAGAUAGCUCAAGCCAGCCUCAAGGCCGAUUUGGAGUACCCCCUCCAUUUACUGGCGAACGCAAGGUCUCCGCUCCUCCUGCACCUCCAAGUCGCAGCCCCGUCCCUGGCGGACCUCCUCCACCCCCGCCUCGUACGGCUAGUCCAGCAGCACCUCCCCAGCUUCCCCCCAAAGUACCUAAUGCGGGUGCACCAUCUGGUCUUCCUCCCCCACCGCCAGCUCGAGCUCCGAUUUCUCCGCCUCCGCCGCCCGCACCUCGUCCUAUACCAUCCACUCCUGCGGCUGCUCCCCCUGCUCCGCCUCCACCGCCUCCAAGAGGACCUGCUCCUCCUGCGACAACCUCAGUGAUACCACCAGGGCCUCCCCCACCGCCCCCUGGACGUUCUGGACCAGCGAUACCCCCGCCGCCACCUCCCCCUGGUGCAGGCUCUGGUGCACCUGGCGUGCCGCCGCCGCCACCUCCACCUGCUCCAGGUGCUGGUGGCUUGGGAGGUCCGCCUCCUCCUCCACCACCCCCAGGCCGUUCUGGGCCAGCGAUACCCCCGCCGCCACCUCCCCCCGGCGGCUCUUCAGGAGGGCCUCCCCCCCCUCCGGCUCCAGGUGGUGCAGCGCCUCCCUUGCCUAAGAGCACCGGUGGCAGAGACGAUCUCCUAGCAGCCAUUCGUGGUUCUGGGGGUGCAGGCGGAGGGGGUUUACGGAAGGUGAGGGAUUCCGACAAGAAGGACCGAAGUUCAGCAAUGGUCCCGGGAAGUGCGGCCGAAUCAUCUACUGCCGCCUCGAGCUCCGGCGGAGGUCCACAAGGCGGAUUGGCCGGCGCUUUGCAGGACGCAUUGAAUAAGAGGAAGCAGCGAGUCAGUGGCAGUGAUGAUGAGAAGGAUGACAACGAUGAUUGGUGAGCUACUGGUGUCUCGAUAGGGUUGGUUUAUUUGUUCAUGAUACCUACUGGUUCCUAUGGGCAUGUUUUGCGGGCAUUAGGCAUUGCGUUCCUUUUCUGAAUUAUGUUGCAGCGGCUUGCCCAAAAGUUUUGGCUUCUCGCACACUCUUGAGGGAAAAGAAUCAUUGUGUUUUGUACAUACCCUUUUUUCAUUGCAGAUGCAGUCAAUGCAAGGGCGCUGGGGUCCUUUAUAUAAACAAUGCUGUGCCUGUAGAACUAGAGUUCAGCCGCAUGAGCAAAUCUGUGCCUUCUUGUAGAAUAUCUCAUAUUGAAAUUAUUUGUCGGGCAUGAGUGUAGGUACCACGUGGUGCCAUUUUCCACCGCCUUGAUAUUGAUCGGAACUUUUAUACUUUUAUAAUUUGGAGAUUUUCGUCUGAUGUACGUAAUACAUAGACUUCGAUAUACAUCGCCGGACGCAUGGUCCGAGAAUACCAGGAUAGAAACUCCAGAUAACUCAUUGGAUUCUAUGCAACGCCUUAUGAGAUACCAUCAUCAAUCAAGCAAAUGGAAUUUAUGAAGGAAAGAGUGGUCACGCUGGAAAAGAAAACGACAGAGGCUCGCCUAUCCCCAGGCGUACGUCUCCGAUAUGGUGCACUGCAACUAUUCUUUCUCUCUUUUUAUCAUGGUCACAUGGCAUUUGGUCUCGUUCAAGUCAUCGCAUGUGUGCGAGUCCACUCCUUGGCCGUCUGGAUGGCCGCGGGCUCGUCAUCCUUCCAGCGCUGGGCAACGUCGUUGGCGAGCGGGUCAUCGGGAUUGGGAGCGCCGAGGAGAGCCUGGAUCGAGAGGAGGAUAGUGCGGAUCUGAAGAGCGGGGGACCAGUUGUCUAUAUGAUUGUGUUAGAUAUAACCACCGAUGCGAUUGAAAGGGGGUC